AUGGGUAGAAGAAAAAUCGAAAUCGAGCCUAUAAAGGAUGACAGAAAUCGUACAGUGACUUUUAUAAAGCGAAAAGCCGGGCUGUUUAAAAAAGCUCAUGAAUUGUCAGUGCUUUGUCAAGUAGAUAUUGCAGUCAUUAUUUUGGGAUCAAAUAAUACAUUUUACGAGUACUCUUCUGUUGAUAUGAGCAACUUGAUUACUGUUCAUCAGAAUAACAGCGAGCUCCCCCAUAACAUCAUAGAACCUUCCGAUUACGGCGACUAUGUGAAAAAACCACGUAUUGUCCUGAAUGAAAGAAAACGUAGGAGAAAAAGAGGAACCGUGCUAAAACCGGAUUCCCAUUCUGAAGGUUGUGCAAGUUCCAAUGUACAGAGCAAUGGUUAUUUGGGCGCUUCGUUGAUGUCAAACGAGAACGAAGGCGCCCGUAUACGUACUCCGUUGGUGCAUUAUCAGGGAAACACAUCUCAAAUUGGAUCUAAUAACUUUGAAUUUACAAAAAAAAAUGCCGAUCAUCCGAUUUUGCAAGACGGUUUAAACUCAGGCGAGGGUUUUCAUGCUGGUCAUUAUAAAGAAACUAACGGUCAACAAGUUCAUGUAAACGAUGCAGUUCAUCCGGACGAUAUGAAUAAGAGAAUUGCCUUGAAUUCACAUUCGCUUCUUCUUGGAACUAAACAACGUAGUUAUGAUAACUUUUUCCCGUCACCUUAUGAACACUUACCAAGGCCUCCAUUACCUGUGAAUUUGGUGAGCCAUAUUCCACCGAUUCAAUCACAGUUUGUACAAAUUAUUCCGGCUAAUACAAACCCAAUGGCGGGAUCAUUCAAUGGUAUAAGUGGUACUAUGAAAUUUGAAAAAAGACAAAAUAUACACCCACAAGUUUCAAUUUCAAAUGUUUCAGAUGAAGGAGCUCCAACACAGACAACAGUUUACCAUUUGAACGAGGUAAACAGAAAUAGACCAAAACUUACAGAGAGGCCAUCUUUGAAGUUAAACAUCUCGAGGGCUACAAAUGAUAUCUGCCAACAGUCACCAGUAGUUUAUUCAAGAACAGCAUCCCCGAACUUGAAUGUACAGCACACUUCCGAUCGACUUCUUAGCAGCGCCAUGUCUUCACCGUUUGCUUGUUCGAACAUUGUGAGAUAUAAUAAUAAUGAUACAAACGGCUCAAAUCAUAGUGGUCCGUAUGGCAGCACAUACAUAAAUGGCGAGACCUCCUUCCUUAAGCCGCCGAUUGGUAGACCUCCAAAACUUCCAAAAAGCACAUCUUCCUCUAUCGUGGUAUUUCCUUCCUCAGUAACCCGUCCAGAUCGGAAAUCGACAAGUCCGACAGAAUCCUCCAUUUGA